AUGCCUCCGGGAAAGAGAAUUGAUGUGCAAUUCAAUAGCCGUAACCAAUUCAUUGGGAAAGAGGGUCGGAAGCUUGCUAGCUUUCUAGGGAUUAAGAAGUUCUCUAUCCCAACACGGGGAGAAAGGUAUGUCAUAAAGUCACUAGGAAAGAAAUGGAAAGAUUACAAGUGUGAUUUAAAAAGUAAGUAUACAUCAAAGUAUAAGACCAAAGAUGCUCUACCGAAAAAUAGACCAAGUCGUAUACCUAGAGAUCAGUGGACUGGUCUCGUCUCUUAUUGGCUCUCUGAUAAAGCUAAGAGGAGAACACAAGCAAAUAGAAAUAACAGGGUCAAGCAAAAUAUGCCUCACACUGGAGGAUUCAAAAGUAUUGCCACCUUGAUGGCUGAGAAGGCUGAAAAUGGAAUAGAGCCUACACAAGCACAAGUUUUCAUUUUAACUCAUAAAAAAUGUAAGGAUGGUCGACCACUUGAUGUGGAGUCUUCAAGGACAAUCGACAUGAUAAAUGAAAAAUUGAGGAGUAGUACUGAGAGAUCAAAUGACCAGCCUCCCCAUAGUGUUGCUUGGGAAGGAGAUGUAUAUUCUCAAGUGUUGGGAAAUGAAAAAAGUGGGUAUGUUCGAGGUUUGGGACUUAGUCCAACUCCUUCUAUACUGUGGGGUAGUAAAUCUUCCAUAGAAAAUUUGGUUCCAGAGGAUUCGUGUAAUGAUAUAAGAAGGUUAGAACAAAAGGUAACAGAGUUAACAGAGUUAAACGGAAAACAAAAUGAAGAAACGAGUUUGAUGAAACAAGAAUUAUUAUGGAUGAGACAAAUCAUGUCCAAAAUUGCUCCUAAUGAGUUAUUGUCCCAGAAUAUCAAUCGAUUCUCAACUGAACAGGUCCCUGAUGGCAACAGUGGAUAUGAACGAGUAGCACAAGUGCAACGAAUGCAUAGUGUUAGUGAAAAUACUUCAUCUUCUCAUGGUUAUGAAUAUGAAGUUUGAAAAUUUAGCAUGUGAAGGAUUUCAAUAUGAUGAAGAAUUGCAAAAAUUAUUUGAGGACUAUGGAUAUAUUAUAUUGUUAUUGUCGGUAUUCAAUAGAAUCAGUUACAAUGACAUUAGUUUUUUAGUUUAAACAAUACAACUUAUUUUAUU